CUGCCGGGGGAGACCUGGUGGCCAGCGGCGGCGCGAGGCCCUCUCCCGCGUCUGCUCCUCCUUCUCCAACUGGGCUCUUGCUGCUGCUCGCCAUGGACCGAAACCCCUCGCCUCCAUGGAGAGGGUCGGAGGCGGAGGACGAGGCCGAGGCCGCGGGAGGAGACGCCAUCGGGGCCACGAUUUACAGCAAACAUUGGCUCUUCGGCGUUCUCGGCAGCCUCAUCCAGCUUAUUAACCCUGAGAAAGACACAUCUAUGGCAAAUAAUGUGGAGGAACAACUGACAGAACUGGAUGAAGAAAUGGAGAAUGAAAUUUGCAAGGUGUGGGAUAUGUCAAUGGAUAAGGAUGUAGCUUUAUUUCUCUAUGAAUUUAAUGCCCCAGACAUAUUCAUGGGAGUUUUGGCCAGGACUAAGUGUCCUCGACUAAUGGAGAUUUGCGUGGGAAUUUUGGGCAAUAUGGCCUGUUUCCAGGAAUUAUGUGUGUCUAUCAGUAAUGAUAAAAAUAUUGGACGUACUUUGUUGCACUGCUUGUAUGAUUUGGAUCCACCUACUCUGCUGGAAAUAAGCAGGUUACUGCUAACAUGCCUUUCCCAGCCACAAGUUGCCAAUAUUUGGAUUGAAAGGAUACGGGAAAAUCCAGCUGUCUAUGAAAGCAUUUGUUUCAUCAUGUCAAGCUCAACAAAUGUUGACUUGCUGGUGAAAGUAGGUGAGGUGGUUGAUAAGCUCUUUGACUUAGAUGAGAAGCUAAUGGUGGAGUGGAUUGGAAAUAGUGCUGCUCAAGUCCCAGAUCAGUCCUCUGGGGAUUCUGAAGAGCAAACCUCAUUGAAGAUUGUCCCCUGCGUACUGGAAGCUGCCAAACAAAUCCGUUUUGAUAACCCAGAAGGACUGGAGGUUUAUAUGCACAUCUUACAACUACUUACUACUGUGGAUGGUGGAAUUCAGGUAAUUGUUCAGCCUCCUGAUACUGGAAGAAAUAUUUGGAAUUUUCUUUGUGAUGUGGCCUGCCAUGACUUUUGUCAGCCUGAUGAUCCACCGAUCAUACUUCAGGAACAGAAAACAGUAUUGGCCUCCAUCUUCUCAGUAUUAUCUGCUGUGUAUGUGUCACAGGCUGAACAGGAAUUUAUAAAGAUGGAAAAUGAUCUGCCUCUAAUCGGCACCUUGAUUCGAGUCUUGCAGAACAUGGAGCACUGUCAGAAAAGAUCAAUGACUUUAGCAGAUUCCAAUACUGAAGAAACUGAAAAGUCUGCUAUAACUGAGGAGGACUUCCACUUGAAAGUCUUGAAGGAUGUUUCAUGUGAAUUACUUUCUAAUAUUUUUCAGGACUUGACAAAGGAAAUUACCCUCCAGGCUCUUAAGGAGGAUCAUCUAAACAAACAGAAAUGUUCCUGUGCAUUCAAGAACCUUCUUCCCCUGUACUGCUCUGUGGUAAAAGACUUCCUUAAGGUCCUUCAUGAAGCUGACAAGGCUCUUGUGGAUGAUCUGGAGAAGGACUUUCCAAGUUUGAAGGCAUAGCACUGAAACUAGAACAGAACAGCCUUUACUGAAGGAAAAGACUGUUUCUUCCUUGGCUAAAGAAUGUGAUAUAUCCCAGCCUUCAGUAAACCUUGCCAACCUGAUGGAGUGUCUGAAGAACAACAGAGGACUCGUAAACCCCCAUGGACUGGGACCGCCCUAUUCCCUGCCCCUUUGUGUGUUCUAGUCAGGAGUAUAAAUCUCUCAUUGAGUGUGUUGGUUUGUCAGCUUCUGUUGAAGCCCCUCAUGCUAGUAUUUAGGGUGUCAACAGGGAAAGCUUGCCCUGAACUUGAGGUUUGUGUCAGAAUUUCACAUGCAAGUAGGUAUUAGACCUUAGACAUUUAAAGAGGAAUUUGUUUAUGGUCAUUAUGCCAAUCAUCUUAAAAUCUUAAAAUACUUGAGAAGAGUAGCUAAAACCUCUUAGAGUUUGAUGUUGGACAGUUUGUAAAAAAGGACCAGUAUAUUUAGUAGUAUUGGAUGGUAUGGAAAUCCUCCUUUGCAAUUGAAUUCCACUGCAAGUACAUACAAUAAUUGCUUUCAGUUCACUGAAUUUUGAGUGAUAGCUCUCCCCUGAUUGAGUGAUAAUGUAACUCAUGACUUCUUUUGCUUGUCAGAUUUUGGUGAUGGUCCCAAUGUUAUUUGCCACUGUGACCAGUUACACUGGUCUGGGAUGUCAGAAUUCUUCCCUUUUUGGCUUUUAUUGUUUCCACAAACAAAUGAAGGACCACCAGACAUGUUUGGUUUUUGUUCAUUAUAGAUUCCAAAGUCACACUCAACAGACUCUGGUAAUAUUUUCCCUAUUCAUAUCACGAUAUUUUGGCCCACAAAUUCUAAUUUAGAUCACAUUUUGCCUUUCUUGGCAGAGCUUUCCCAUCCCGAAAUUUACAAAGUGUUGGAAUCUUCACAAACUAUGUGCAAAUAUAAAUAAAAUUUUAUACAUGCUUUUGCAUCCUUUCUGGAUUUCUCUACUUUUCUCAAGGCCAUUUUUGUAGUAAUUUACCCAUGCUAGCAAAAGAAGCCAAAGCUGGUAGAUUUCUUUUGUAUUUUUGUUCAGAGUUUUGGUACUGACCUUAGUAUAAACAGAGAAAGUAACUAAAAUAACCCCCCAUGAUCAGAGAAAAUAAGUUGUGCCUCCCAGUAAAAUACAAGUGCAGAUUGUACAUUUCAGGUUGGUGCUGGAAGUUUUCCUGUUAGACAUUAAUCUUUUUACCUGUGAACUAUUAAAACAUUCUUUGGAAGGGUAAUGCUUAUCAGAUCUUAACAUAAAUAGAUUUCAUAUUCUAUCACGAGAACAAGUUUUGAGUAGGAGUGAACAAUUUUUAAUAUAAAUACUAUGAGCCCCUGGGGGAGAGGAUGCUUCUAAUGGUUUGAUCCCAAAGAUAUAUGGGAGCAAUGGAAUUCUUUGCUUUGGAGGUUCACUCACUGCUUUGUAUACCAUGUUUUUCAGUGUUCAGAGUUGCUCUAUAUAGAUUAUGUUAUUUUUGAUAUAGUUGAAAACUUUUCCAUAAAGCUAUCAAUUAAAAUAAAAAAGAAUUAUUUCUA